AAAAGUACCAUCGAUAGCUUUGGCAAUUGUGACAGCCCUAGACGAGCCUCGAAAUUGUUAGAAUAUUUACCGGAUUCCAUUUGUUUGCAUUAGGAAAGUGCAAGUCGAAAUUACACGCAUUGGCCCCAAUAUCGCUGCGAGCUAAAUUUGUCGUUUCCAAAUUGUAAUCAGUUUAGUGAGCUGCAUUUCCUGCGUUGUUUGCUUUUCCACAAGAAACAGCUGGCUGCUAACUGAGAACUUGAGGUGCAAAUUGCAAUUAAGGUGCAAUUGCAGAUAUAUUUGCAAUUGCAGUUAACAAGCAAGCGAAAUCAGCAAGAAUAGCAACACUAACAAUCAACGGUCGAAGGCCCUGUCAGAAUGCAGAACAAUCCCAGCCCACAGUUGCCCUGCAAGGGUAUAUUGAAGACCUCUCGCAGUUUCGACAAGUCCGGGGCCAGUUUCCGAAAAAGUGCCAAGUUCGAUGAGCUCAAUGUUCUGCAGACCUUCCAUCCGGCCGACAAGGACUAUGGCCAUAUGAAAAUCGAUGAACCCAAAACUCCAUACAACUACACAGAAGCCUAUGAAGAUAACCGGGACGAGCUGGACACAGAGCUGCUAGUGGAGAAACUACGCAUAGCGGCCAAUACGCAACAGUCUUCAGAGAGCAUUGAGGACGAGGGGUCGUCCGGCGACGAUCAGCCUCUGAGUGAGGAGGAACGACAACGUCGACGCGAAUUUGAGCGGCGUCGCAAAGCACACUAUCGCGAGUUUGAGGCUGUCAAGCUGGCACGCAAGCUGAUACAGGAGGAGGACGAUGACGACGAGGGUGAAGAGAGUACUGAUGCCAGGAGCUUGGACAGCCGGCCCUCGGGUUCGGCGCAGGGCGCUUCCACCUCCAGCGGACGCUUCGCAAGCAGUUCCGCGAAAAAAUCAAAUGCCCAAUCCCAACCGUCUGCCUCUCCGUCAACCAGUGCCACCAGCCAUAUGGACCUGGAGCCAUCAAACAAUUAGGAGUUAUAUCAAAACCAUCAACCCCAUCUAACAAUCGAUCGCAAAUGUUUACCCAGACCUAGACGACAACGGGCAGCUCAUUCAGUCGAACAUCCAAUGACAACAAUUCAAAUCAAUAUAUCAGAGUGAGAGGGUGUGGAUGCUGGUAACUAAAGUGAUUAAUUGAAUAUAACAACUAAAACACAACCGAAGAAGCCGUCGCAAAUGUCUGUCACCGAAUAUCCAUUGAAUUAAUUGUUGCUAAUUGAUUUUAUCACAUAAAAUGUGCACUUGGUCGGAGAGUUUGUACGAAAGAGCAAAUAUAAAUAUCGUAUGCGUCUUCUCAGCCGUAGCGUACCGUUGCAAAUGUAGUUGAAACAAAAACAAACAAAAAACAAAAUAGUGUUUAAAUUCAUAUCGUUGUGGAUGCACAUAAAAAUAAUAUUAGUCUACCUACCGUUCGCAGCUCCGUUUGCAUUUAAUUUGAAUGGAUGCAAGUGCCACAAAAUCGAGGGUCAACCGAGUGGAUGGAUGAGUAACGUGUUGUAACUAAAGUUCAAGUUGAUUUGGCCUUACUUUUAGUUAUUUAUUAAUGUAAUAUUAUUAUUAUUACUAUUAAGUUUAAGCCAUCGAAUGCGAGAGUUUCAAUAAAGAGAAUCCAAAAGCCAA